CACAGUUUCCCAGGUGCUGUUGUUGGCCAGUCCCAACAUGGACCAUAAGGAAGUAGUCCUUCUAUUUCUCUUGUUUCUGAGAUCAGGCCAAGGGGUCUCCCUGGACGGCUAUGUAAGCACACAAGGGGCUUCGCUCUUCAGCGUCACCAAGAAGCAGGUGGGGGCGGGAAGCAUAGCGGACUGUGCAGCUAAAUGCGAAGAGGAAACAGGAUUCAUCUGCAGAUCAUUCCAGUACCACAGCAAAGAGCAGCAAUGUGUGAUCAUGGCCGAGAACAGCAAGGCUUCCUCCAUCAUCCGCAUGAGAGAUGUCAUCUUAUUCGAAAAGAGAGUGUAUCUGUCAGAAUGUAGGACUGGCAUCGGGAAGAACUACAGAGGGACCAUGUCCAAGACGAAGAGUGGCGUCACCUGCCAGAGAUGGAGUGCCACGUCCCCCCAUGCACCCAACUACUCCCCCACUACACACCCCAACGAGGGACUGGAGGAGAAUUACUGCAGGAACCCAGACAAUGACGACAAGGGACCUUGGUGCUACACGACAGACCCAGACAAGAGAUUUGACUACUGCGACAUCCCCGAGUGUGAAGAAGAAUGCAUGCACUGCAGUGGAGAAAAGUACGAGGGGAAAAUCUCCAAGACCAUGUCUGGACUUGACUGCCAGCCCUGGGACUCGCAGAGCCCACACGCUCACGGAUAUAUUCCUGCCAAAUUUCCAAACAAGAACCUGAAGAUGAAUUAUUGUCGCAACCCUGAUGGAGAGCCUCGCCCCUGGUGCUUCACCCAAGACCCCAACAAACGCUGGGAAUACUGUGACAUCCCCCGCUGCACAACACCCCCACCCCCUUCUGGUCCAACCUACCAAUGUCUGAAGGGACGAGGUGAGAACUACCGAGGGACCGUGUCUGUCACUGUGUCCGGGAAAACCUGUCAGCGCUGGAGUGAGCAGAGCCCUCAUGAGCACAACAGGACACCAGAAAACUUCCCCUGCAAAAAUCUGGAAGAAAACUACUGUCGGAACCCGGAUGGAGAAACUGCUCCGUGGUGCUACACCACCGACGGAGAAGUGAGGUGGGAAUACUGUGAGAUCCCGUCCUGUGACUCAUCGCCAGAACUUUCUGAUGCCUCAGUUCUACCAGAGCAAACACCCGUGGUCCAGGAAUGCUACCAAGGCAAUGGGCAGAGCUAUCGGGGCAAAUCGUCCACCACCAUCACAGGGAAAAAGUGCCAGUCCUGGACCUCCAUGACUCCUCACCAGCAUCAGAAGACCCCAGAGAAGUUCCCAAAUGCUGGCUUGGAAAUGAACUACUGCAGGAACCCAGAUGGUGACAAGGGCCCUUGGUGCUUCACCACUGACCCCAGUGUCAGGUGGGAAUACUGCAAUCUGAGGAGAUGCUCUGAGACAGGAGGGAGCGGUGCAGAGUCACCCACAGUCCCCCAAGUUCCAAAUGAGCAAACUACCUCUGAGCCAGACUGCAUGUCUGGGAACGGUAAAGACUAUCGGGGCAAAGUGGCCGUCACCGCAGCUGGCACUACCUGCCAGGAAUGGGCUGCCCAGGAGCCCCACAGACACAGCAUCUUCACCCCACAGACAAACCCCCGGGCAGGUCUGGAAAAGAACUACUGCAGAAACCCAGAUGGCGAUGUAAAUGGUCCUUGGUGCUAUACAAUGAACCCCAGAAAGCUUUAUGAUUACUGUGACGUCCCAAUGUGUGUAUCGUCGUCAUAUGAAUGUGGGAAGCCCCAGGUGGAGCCGAAGAAAUGCCCCGGGAGGGUGGUGGGUGGCUGUGUGGCCAAUGCACACUCCUGGCCCUGGCAAGUCAGUCUCAGAACAAGAUUUGGUGGACAGCACUUCUGCGGAGGGACUUUAAUAUCCCCGGAGUGGGUCCUGACUGCUGCGCACUGCUUGGAGAAAUCUUCAAGACCCGCGUUCUACAAGGUUGUCCUGGGUGCUCACGAAGAGGAUAUUCGAGGGUCAGAUGUCCAGCAAAUAGAAGUGAAGAAUCUGUUCUUGGAGCCCACCCGAGCUGACAUCGCCCUGCUGAAGCUAACCCGCCCUGCCACCAUCAACGACAAAGUCAUUCCGGCGUGUCUGCCGUCGCCAAAUUACGUGGUUGCCGACCGGACGCUAUGCUACAUCACUGGCUGGGGAGACACUAAAGGGACCUUCGGUGCCGGCCUUCUCAAGGAGGCGCAGCUGCCCGUCAUCGAAAACAAGGUGUGCAACCGCUAUGAGUACCUCAACGGCAGAGUCAGGUCCACAGAGCUCUGUGCCGGGAUUCUGGCUGGUGGCACCGACAGCUGCCAGGGUGACAGCGGAGGACCUCUGGUCUGCUUCGAGAAGGACAAGUACAUUUUACAAGGAGUCACUUCUUGGGGUCUUGGCUGUGCUCACCCCAAUAAGCCCGGUGUCUAUGUUCGUGUUUCACGGUUUGUUAGCUGGAUAGAAGGAGUCAUGAGAGAUAAUUAAUUGGGCGGGAGGCAGAGCAAAACAUCUCCUCACUAAAACGUCCUAGAAGCUGGAAUGUGGGGAAGGGACUUAUGUUGCUUGGAAAUAGACAGUAAUCAAACAGAGACACUACCCUGAACCCCUGCCUCCUGUCACCCCUCAGACCCUUUUUUGUAUUAUUGUGGCUAAAUUUUUUUCCUGUCCGUGGACUUCUGGACUUUGUGAUAAUAGACCAACACUGCUAUGGCAUUUGUUGAAAAUAAACUCUAUACUUA